AUGUGUAGACUCGCCAAGGCUACGCAUAUCUCAUCCACAACACCCCGAACCAAACGACCAGCCGCCAAAGAAUCUGGGGAGAGGCUACCUGCGGCUGCGUUCGGUUUGGACAUGACCGGCGCCGUGUCUCGCGGCCUAGUGUCGUUAGUAGCCAUCCCGUUACUCUUACUCGCAUCCGUUUCGUCCGCGCAGCAGAUCUGCCCGUUCACGGGCAAGCCCCCAACGAAGCCCGCGAAGCCUCUGUACCGAUGCGUGGCGGAGAGCGAGCUCGCGUGCUGCUCCGCGUGCGACGACUGGGUCACCGCGGCGACGGUGCUUGGACAGAACGGAACGAGAAUCCUGUCGACGCUCUUCUCUCCAGGCACCACAUUUGAAGCGCUCGACAAAUUCAAAGCCACGCCGUUCUGCGGGUUCCUGGCGGGCGGAAGUGACACGUGUCUGCAGCUGAUUGAAGGGCUCUAUUGCGCCAUUAUGUGCGACCCGGGCGCGAGCAAGUACCUCUCAUUCGAGCUCGCGCCGUCGGGGAAGCUCGCGGACAGCAACGGCACGAUCCGCAUCUGCAAUGACUUCUCCAACCGCGUGUACGACGCGUGCCAGUCGCUCGCGUUCCCCGGCGUCGCGCUCACCAUCGCGAGCCUUAUUAAGAACCCUGCGAAAUUUCUGUCACUCGUCGUGACUCCGCUUGCCGGCACGGCAACCCCCCUCAAAGCCCUCAACACCGUGCUCGUUCCCGCCGAAAAUGGAACAGACAGUUGCUUCCUCACAACGCCAGGGGAUAAAUACGCGCAAACCCCCCUCUGCUGCGAUAAGCUAACAGGUUUCCCCAUGGAGUGCCCGAAAGAUCCCAAACACUCGAACGUGUCAGAAGUGCUUCCGUGGGUGGUGGAUCGGCCCGUGCCUGCCACGUGUGCUGCGACUUCAAGCAGUCCUGGGACUACCGUGCCUGAGCUGGCACCCAAUGGGACCAACACCGAUGGUUCGGCAACUAAUGGAUCGACUCCAAGUGGUUCGACACCCACUGGUCCGGCACCCAAUGGGACCAACGCCGAUGGUUCGGCAACUAAUGGAUCGACUCCAAGUGGUUCGACACCCACUGGUCCAACACCCACUGGGUCGACAUCAAACAGAACAGGCUUUGAGGAAAAGAGCGCGGGGUUAAGUUUGGUGCUUAGGGGUGGAGCAUGGUGGCCUGCUGUGCUUGCUGCCCUGGUGCUCCAUGCAGUUAUGUUGCAUUGA